AUGUCCGGAGGAAAGCCUGGUAAGGUACAGCCAGGAAGGACGGGAUUGCGGGAGUCAUUUAGGAUACUGAAAAGGAAAAGGACUAAGAUGACGAUCUGUACUUAUAACGCCCAUACGCUUGCAUCGGCUAUCGAAGGUCUGAUGACGCAAGCCAAGAAGUUUAAGUACGACAUCGGACUGACCGAGACGGGACGACGACGAGUAUGGCAAAGAACAUCGACUCUUUCGGACAACUUGCGACCCGAAUCGAACGGCUGCGGAUGA